CCUUGGGCUGAGUGAGGCAGAAGUCGAGCUGAAGACAUCGCGUGCACUGGGAGGACGAGCGGUAUUUGAGACUCCUUGCUCAGCUCCCACUCGCCUCAGGAAGCCUCUCCUUGGUCUGGAGCAGUGAGCUUGAGAGGGAACGUUGUGGCUGUGGUCUGCUGUUCAGUGUUGCUUAGCAAGCCAUAGCUGGCACCAUGGCGCUGUCAUUCAAGAAGGACCUGGAGAAGUACAAGGAAAUCGACGAAGAUGAAAUCCUCAACAAGCUGUCGGCGGAGGAGCUCAAACAGCUGGAGACGGCACUGGAAGAGAUGGACCCUGAGAACGCUCUCCUCCCAGCGGGCUUACGUCAGAAGGACCACACGACUAAGCAGGAUACAGGGUCAUUCAACAGGGACGGCCUCCUGAAAUACCUGGAGAAGGAAGCCAUGGAGUACAAGGACAGAGAGGACGUAGUGCCCUUCACUGGGGAGAGAAAAGGUAAAGCAUUUGUUCCAAAGCAGAAACCGAUCGAAACACGCCAGGAGGAAAGCACCACCCUCGAUCCAGAAUUAGAGGAAGCCCUAUCCAGCGCCACAGAUACAGAACUGUGUGAUCUAGCAGCGAUCCUGGGUGUUCACACGCUGGUGACCAGUAGUCAGACAUACGAUGCCACUAAAGACGGUUACAACAAUGUGGUCAAAGGGGAGAAGAUGAACCCAGUGUUUGAUGAGCCUCCAAAUCCCACCAAUGUAGAGGACACUCUGCAGCGGAUAAAAAGCAAUGACAGCUCCCUAACAGAGGUCAACCUCAACAACAUCAAGAACAUUCCAAUUCCAACGCUGAAGGACUUAGCUAAAGCCAUGGAGAAGAACAUGCACGUCAAGAAGUUCAGCCUGGCAGCAACACGAAGUAACGACCCAAUAGCUGUGGUGUUCAGUGAAAUGCUACGAGAGAACAAGACGUUGCGAAGUUUGAACUUGGAGUCCAACUUCAUCACCGGGGCAGGGGUGCAGGCUUUGGUUGAUGCAUUGCGAGACAAUGACACCCUCACAGAGAUCAAGAUAGACAACCAGAGGCAGCAGCUGGGUACUACCGUAGAGAUGGAGAUUGCUAAAAUGUUGGAAGAGAACAACAGCAUAGUGAAGUUUGGCUACCACUUCAAUCAGCAGGGACCCCGCUCCAGAGCCGCCGCAGCUAUCACCAAGAACAACGACCUGAUCCGCAAGAGGCGAGUGGAAGGGGACCAGUAGGGACGGAGCCCGAGCUGCCUCCCAGCCAACCCCGUUGUUUCAUCUCACCAUGUGGAAUACUUUCAGCCAAUGCCCCGGUCUCAUCUCACUGUGUGGAAACUUAAGUCUUGUGCCAAACUAUGGGGCAAGGCGCGCUCAACCGGAACAUACAUCUGAGAAGAAGGGAAAUAACUGGAAUUGCCCUCCCCAUUUAAAUGUUCAUACUUAUGUUUAUUAUUAUAUUGUUAUUGAAAGUGUAAAUCUGAUUAGCUUAUAGUCAUUCCAUUUUUUUUUCUUUUUCUUUGAGCCUUUAUGUGAUCUGUCCAGACCUUUCACUUGCUUUUUUUUUCUUCUUUUUUCUUUUCUACUACGCUAUAAUCAUGUGGAAUAAACAUGCACAUUACCAAGUAACGGACACAACAAUAACAGCUCAGUAUGAACAAUAACUAACAUUGAUAGAGACCUGUAUACAGUGAUAGUUUGAAGCCUAAGCUCCCAGUGGAAUACCUGUAUUGAACCAGCAGAGUCAUAAGAACGAUAGAGACGGCUCUAGAGUUGAUCUUGACUUUGGCAUCAGAAGCAAAGUCAGACCAGUCUGUUAGAACCACAGCUUACUGGCAGAACUGGUGAUGGCCUUGUCUGACUGUACACCUGUAAGACAACAGAAGUUAAACGUAAGUCACCAUGUGAUCAGAUCACUGUUGUACGUCUGCAGGAGUUGCCUUGUUAAGCCAGCUCAUCGCCUGCUGUGUCUAACGGUUAAGUUUGUGCUGGCCCCAGAUCAGAUGCUGGCUCACCCUCUUAUAUUAAUUUAAUACUGUACGCAUCAGUGCAAGAUGUUUUUAUAUUACUAAACAGUUUUAUCUUAACUCACCUUAUUGUUUUCAUGCGGUUCAAAUUCAGAUGUUGGGUAUUUUGAUCACUUUUAUCCCUAAACAGGAAAUUAUAACUAGGCCUGGAUGUUUGGGAUCACGUAAAAUUGGGGUUUUACUGUAAAAGGAACAGGAUAUUAACUCCUGUCUAGACUGAAGAGUCUUUGGCCUGCUCUUACUAAUGAUGUUGUAAAUGUCUGCUCCACACACAGGGUUUCUCUGAUGCUUAACAAUGCCAAAGACUAACACAUGCAGUGCUUAAAGUAUCAAUAUGUAACGAAAUGGUUAUUGGUUCAGGUUUUGGAUUUGUCAGAUUCAGUCAUUUCCUGGCAGUAUACACAGCGACAACGAUCUAUCAUUUUUUGGAUCACAUCAUGCCAUUACAUUUAGUUUUAUUUCCAUUUUGUGGGCCAUUUAUAGCACAAUGUUCAGCAAGUAGUUCACUGAGAUGUGAGGAGGCGUCGGUAAACACUGUUUCUGUUUUACUUCCCAGGUUAGGAUUUCUUGUGAAAUGUUUCUUUGAACUACAACUCCCAGAUAGAAAGUCUUCUUAAAUUUCACCUUUCACACCCUCUGUCACACUUUAACAGUCUUUCGCUCUCAGCAGUAGCAUGUCAUUCAUUAUGUAACAGAUAACAACAUGCUAUGCGUGCCUCAAACUGAACUUCCUGAGGUACACUGACCUGCUUGAGAUGGGUAUAACAGGACUAAUUCAGGAUUACUUGAAACUUGUGUAUAUACUGUUUUAUGUGUAAUAGGAACAAUAUGCUGGCAUGAACAUCACUCGUGAACAUUGUGUUUCUAUCGACCAAAUAUUGUUCUUUCAUCCUAACAGCCUCACAUUCCUUGGACAAGAGUUGUACGGCUGAGUUCAGUACAUUGGGUUUUUAUAUCUGUGUACUUCGUCCACGGUCAUAUCUGCUAGUAUUUCUUCUUGGACCUUUUUUUUGUUUCACAUUUCUGUGCUUUGCCGGUGGACAGUCAGCUAAAGUGGAAAAAAAACUGCUUCUUUGCCUGGGCUUGAUAUGAAUAUUCUGUGAUUGACAAAUAUGUAUAUUAAUUGUAUAAUGCCAUCUCAAAAUACAAAGUGAACACACAUAUAAAAACACACUUUUGAGUUUCUAGUUUUUUUUUUUUUUACCUUAAAUAAAAAGAAAACAGGUUUAGACUCAACAUAAGGAAUAUGUACUAUUAUAAAAAACCACGAGACUGGUAAAACGCACUGCUGAAUAUAAAAUAUCCUCAACAAUAAAUGUUUUUACAUACUCAA